AUGCUGCCAGUAGUAGAUGCCUUCCUGGCCCCAGAGGUGCUUUUGGUAGCAGGUGUGGUCGUUGCCUUAGUGCUCCUAUUCUAUCCGUAUAUCGUGUGGAGGAAGGAGGCCGCGGCGCUCGAAGGGGUUCAAUCACCGGUCGCUCGGAUAUCUUGGUCUGGCAGCAGUCCCCAGAAUGCCAUCAACCAAAUUUAUACAGCGGCGUCGGUAGACCUAAGCUUGGUUGUACCAGCAUAUAAUGAAGCUGAAAGGCUGCCUCUCAUGUACAAGGAAACGAUAGCGUACCUUCGUAGACGACUCGAUAAGGAACCCUCGAUGACCUUUGAGAUAAUAAUAGUCAAUGAUGGCUCUCGGGAUGCAACGGAAGCUGUGGCCCUCCGUCUUGCACGUGAUAACGUCUUUCCGAAUAUCGAUACCCGCGUAGUGGGGCUGGCUAGGAACAUGGGAAAGGGAGCGGCUGUCCGUUAUGGAGUGAGAUGCUCUCGUGGACGACGUAUACUCAUGGUAGAUGCAGACGGCGCUACUAGAAUUGACGAUCUCGCUCGCCUUGAGGAAGUCAUGAAUAAAGAUUCAGGCAUUGCUGCGACUUUUGGUUCCAGAGAUCAUCUUAGAGAUACUGAUGCUGUAGCGAAGCGAAGCCCUAUUCGAAAUGUUCUUAUGGCAGGUUUUCACUUGAUUGUAUGGCUUAUGGUUGGUACAUCCAUAAGAGAUACCCAAUGUGGUUUCAAGCUCUUCACGAGAGAUGCCGCUCGGGAUAUAUUCAGCAGCCUUCAUCUCAAUCGAUGGGCCUUCGACAUCGAGAUCGUGCUUCUAGCGCGCUUCAUGAGGCUCCGCAUUGUCGAGGUUCCCGUGAAUUGGACUGAAAUACCCGGUUCGAAGCUACAUGUGAUCACAGCCAGCCUGCAAAUGCUACGUGACAUUGCUAGCGUCCGAGUUUUCUAUGGUGUUGGAUUGUGGGAUGUCGAACCACCCAGCCCCUGUCGAGAGGGUACGUUGUAA